AUGCAGGUUGCCGAAUUUAAUCGCCAGGAUACUCUUGGUCUUCAUCUCGUGAGGACGCCGGCUAGUGAAAUUGGAUAUACUUGCGACAUCAUCAUUUUACACGGAUUAAACGGAGGUCCUGCGAAAUCAUUUCGGCACCCCGAUGGCGGGAAUAUUUGGUUUGCGGAUUUCCUACCCACCGACAUAGUCGAUAUUGAUUCAUGGACGAACUCGCGAAUAUGGACGUAUGGUUACGACGCCGAUUCGGCAUUCGGGUCGACAAAUUCCUCAGCCUUGGAUUUUGCGCGAAGCCUCUUAUACAAAGUUAGCAGGAUAAGAGAUGGCUAUGAGGCACUCGUCGAAGCCCAAAUUAUCCCGCAAUACCAACCAAUCCUGAUACAGACUGUCGGUGUUAUAUUUCUUGGGACACCGCAUACCGGCAGCGCAAUAGCGACAGUAGCAGAUAUCGGAGCAAGGAUAGCCGGAGUAGUGCUCCCAGAUGCUAUUAUGCCGAAAAACAGAACACUGAUCAAAAGUUUGCGGAAAGACUCAUCCCGGCUUUUUGAAACUGCGGGGAGAUUCGCAAAUAUCUGCGGCGAGAUGAGGAUUUUUAAUAUGUAUGAAUCGCUACCAAUGGUUGGAGGAGCUAAGGUCGUUGAGCGAGAAUCUGCUGUCAUGAACCUUGGAAGAAUUGAGACGCAGGUUAUGUUGGAUGGCACCAACCAUCGUACAAUGUGCAGAUAUAAAGAACGGACGGAUCAAAACUAUCUAGCUUUAUUAGACGCGAUAAAAAGAUUAACGAGGUCAACGAGUACACUGUUUGACCCCCCAGAUAUACCAGCGCCGGCGCCUAGGGCCCAACCUAACCCUGUUUUUGACCCAACCGCAUCCACUGCAUCUUUUCAUAGCCAAAGAAGUGGCCAUAGUGGUCUCAAUGGAUACAAUUCAGAUGCCACCAGAUCAACGGCAAGCUUCUACUCAUCAUCAUCUGCAUAUUCGGCAAGUACAGCUUCCCGAAAUGACCGUCCCGUCACACCAGCUUCGACAGUAACUUCGCCACCGCCGCCACGACCGCCAGCCAAAGAACCUAUGACAUCGCAAUGGCCUCAUUAUUUUAACCAAGACGAUCGAAGUCGAUAUUCCCAAUCAGUCCCGUAUGAUGCACCAGGUCAUUCAGCCUACUCCAGCAAUUCCCGGUCGAAUGGCUUCACAUCGCCCCCAGCUUAUGACUCGGGUCAGAGAAAUGGUCCAGCCAAACCAGAGCCGCCAUCAAGGCCUAGGGGUUCCUUUAGCGUCAGUUCGAAUAGUUCCUUGUAUGAUGCUCCCUACACGGCUUACAAACCCGCAUCGUCGAGCCCCACAAGCUCGAGCACUCAAUCGAAUACAAGCUCCUUUCCCUCCAUUUCAAAACCAGCAUAUUCAUCUUAUAACUUAUCUACAAACAACUCCACCAGCCCAACAGCAACCACCCAAGCCGCAAGAGCCCCUCCCCCGCCAACCCCCAAGGAGCCAGAGCCAGAACCAACUCUUCCACCCCCAGAGUCUCCCCAUUGGAUUUGCGACGGUUGUAGAAACCCUAUAUACCCCUUCGAAAGCCGAAUCCAUUGCCUCGACUGCCCCGACUACGACCUCUGUGGCACAUGCCAUGAAAAAGGCAAAAUCACCAAAACGCACAAAAGGAAUCACAAAGAAGAACUCAUAAUUAAAGCUCGACAGAUAACACAGGAGCAAUCAGAAUUGGUAAUCCCGUCAGAAGUUCAUCCAGAAAGAUCCCCAGGGCGACAGUUCGUAAACUGGACAAUCCGAGACGAGCGAAGAGUUCAUCACUUGUCCUGUCAUAACGAUCAUGCAAGAUACUUAAUUUCAAGCUUAGAGCCUGGGAACUACAGAGUAUCAUUUCAUAUAGAGUUAUUCCUAGUACCCGAAUUCACUGAAGCGCAUAUCAAGCAACUCGGAACCGACGCGCUAGGAAAAUUACGAGUAGGUGUCGGAUAUGUUAAGUCUAAGAAGACCUUCUUCCGCGAUACAUUCCCCGAGAACAAGAGUUUGAUGGGGAACCUGUUUGAGUAUGGUUGGUAUGAUGAUUUUAAUGUCAAUCCUAUGUCUGGAUUGACACCUGUGAAAUUGAAGUGCAUCUUUAAUGUUGAAGGGAAUGAGGAUAGAGAUGAUGUUGGCAUUGUGUUCCAAUGGUCGGAUUUCAGACGAUUCGAGAGAACAGACAAGGCCUUGAUAUCGUUUUCUCUAGUCAGUGCGAGAUUUGAGGAUCUCUUGGAAUUCGAUCAAACCUUCGGGGGUGCAGCCGAUAAGGCCAAACAAAUCGACAGAUACUCCGAACCCCCGUCUCAAGAGCCUGUCAGAGGGACAAAUACAACAGCUACUACCACGACGGCAGCCCAGCCCGACAACAGCGAUUCGGCCUUAACAUUAGACGACAUCUUCAAAGCGAUUAUCGAGGUAGCACAAGAGGAACGCGAUAGACAGGAACAAGAAGCUUUCCAACAGGCCAUUGCAGAAGAACUAGCACGAAGGAGAAGAGCCCAUAUCGAAGCCCAAGAGCGGGAGGCAGCAGCUCAAUUGAUGGCAAACUACAUGGUGGCUUCGCAGGCGACACUGGAACUUGCAAUGUUCAACGAGUACUUGAAGUAUCUGACCAACUCAUAA